UAUCGUAUUACAGUGCAGUUCCUUCCUGCCAUCGCUCUGUCGAGUGCAUGUGCGUGGUGUGUAUGAGAGAGUGCAAGGAACGUGUAGUCACCGACUCGUACUGUGAAGAUGUCUGCGGGCUGUCAGAAGACGUUUAGCCAAGCCAUACCAGCUGUCAGGCGGGUGACCAUCAGUGACCCUGCGCACAUGCCGCAGGACUACUCCACAACACCCGGAGGAACACUGUUCAGCACAACCCCGGGAGGUACGCGUAUAAUCUACGACCGUAAGUUCCUGCUGGAGUGCCGCAGCUCCCCGCUGGCCCGGACGCCCCCCCAGUGCCUCCCUGACAUUCCAGGGGUCACCAGCCCCACCAACGCCCACAUCAACAACGACAAGGCCCCCCCCCGACCGGUGCCUAGCAACAACCAUAGCCCCCCCGCCGACAAGGGUACCGGUGAUGACGCGCAGUUUGAAAUGGACAUCUGAGCUGGCUCUGGAACGGGGGAGACGGUUAUGAAGUGAUAUUGGAAGUGAUGAAGACCAUGAACGAGGAAGAGCUGCUGGAAAUUUGUGCACCUUUACUCCCCACCCUUUCUCAACACCUACCCCCCACCGGAAAAAAAACUUAAAUAAAAACUCCAGACUCCCUAGCCCCACCCCCCUGCUCUGUUCUGGCCACACCCUCCACUCUGAAACAAUCCCUCAAUUCCCUCUGCUGCUGUCAGGAAAUCAAAUGCGCACACACCCACCCCCCUGUCCUGCUAGCUCCGUCUGUCUGCUUUACCUGCAGGUGGAGAGCAGCAAACUACAAAAUGAAAACCUAUGAUGGAUUUAAUAUAGAUUGUGACAGAGUCAUGGUAUCUGUACCAAACUACUUUGCCACUUAUUUCAAUGGGUCGAGUUUCUUCCAGUUGUGCCUGUAUAGUUGUCACAGACAAAAUUAAUUAACCACCCAUAUUAUUCUCCUCUUCUUCCUCAUUCCCAUUCUCAUUGUUUCUAAUAUUUUCUUCAGAAUGACUCCUCCCAUUCUUAAAACCAUGGCUUUCCUCCCCUCUGUACAAUGUUGCCUAUGGAAUAUUAGUUAUUUAGCAAAAAAUAUCCUUUCCACCGAAAUUGUCAUACUUCAGAAUGUAAGAUGCCUUUUGCCUGUUCCUUGCCUGAAAUUUACACCAUGAAAAACAAAGACAUUUUACAAGGUUACACUGACAGAGGAAUGAGACGAUGAAUUCCAUACAGAAAAUAAAACAAUGGUGUAA